AUGGCAGAUAUUUCAUACAAUCCUGAUUCCAAGAUUAUAACACCAGAUGAAGAUCGUGAGACUUUAAACAUCUACGUCGCUCAGGUCAAUGCAUUAACACAAGCACUUAUAGCAGAGAAUAAUCCCAAUUUUACUCCCCAGCCAAGUGAAUCCUCUACAAAAUUAAUCAAGAACCUCUUUGAAAGUGGUGUUAAAAAUAUCAAACAGAAUAAACUACCUGAAGCUCUGAAGAAUGUUACAUUAGCAGUGGAGAUGGCCCAGAGGAAGAGAGCACCAUGGGAAGCAUUCGCUGUUCAGUUACAAGAGCUACAAUUCAUGCUACGUCAUAAGAUCGAUUUAGAAUUAAUGUUGGGUCGUUAUUUAGAUGCAUUACAAGACUUGGAUAUGCUUUUAAGUACGGGUCUUUUCCAACCUGAGGUCUUCAUCCGCAAGACAGAUGCAUUGUUAAAUUUAGGUCAAUUGGAGGAAGCUCGUAUUUCCUGUGAUAGAGGUCUUUGUCUACAGCCUCAAAAUGUAAAAUUAAAGGCAAUGAUGUUAGAAUGUGAGAGAAAAUUGGCAGAUUAUAACGGUUUAUAA